CCGCUCAUGGCCACCUGAACAGAAGAAGACCCGAAUCCACCAUGAGUACUAAACCCUGCUGAGAGAAAGUGGUAGAGAGAAAGAGAGAAACAGCUUAAAUUCUAAGCUGUUCACUCUCGAACCAUAAGAAGCAGCAGCUUAAAUUCUAAGCUGUUCACUCUCAAACCAUAAAAACUUUUGUGGGUUUGUGUUGAUCAUGCAUUUGUUAUCAAGGACUGCAAUCUUGUUUUUUCGUCCAUCAAUGGCUACCUCUCCGAUUUCUACCCCCUCCAUGGCCCAUCUGGUAGAAAAUGUUAAACCCAAGUUGAGGGGUGUGGUCUUUGACAUGGAUGGAACCCUAACUGUUCCUGUCAUAGACUUUGGAGCCAUGUACAGAGAGGUCUUGGGCAAUGAGUAUGAGAGUAUUAGGUCAAGGUCUAGGGGUACAAGUAUCGAUAUUUUGCAUCACAUUGAGACAUGGGAGCCUGAGAAGCAACAGAAGGCCUAUGAAGUUAUUACUGAGUUUGAGAGGAGAGGGCUCAAACAGCUUGAAAUCAUGCCUGGUGCAAUGGAACUUUGUGAAUUUCUUGAUGAUAAGAAAAUUAGAAGGGGUUUGGUCACUCGCAAUGUUAAGGAAUCUGUGGAUUUGUUUCACAUCCGCUUUGGGAUGAAAUUCAUUCCAGCUCUUAGCAGGGAGUUUCGGCCUUACAAACCAGACCCUGCACCAUUGCUACAUAUCUGCUCAGAAUGGAAUAUCCCUCCAAAUGAAGUCAUUAUGGUUGGUGACAGCCUCCGUGACGAUGUGGGUUGUGGAAAAGGUGCGGGAGCAUUCACUUGCUUACUUGAUGAGCAAGGAAAGUAUGACUCUCCCGAAUCUUUUGCUGAGAUACAGCCUGAUUUUAAGGUGUCAUCGCUGCGUGAUUUACACCCAAUCUUGGAAGAGAAUUUUGAAUUGAUAUCCGAUUCUUGAGGUAUCACACUGAUAUAGUCCUAGUUCUGAGACUUUAUCUCAUAAUCAACUACAUUUUAUGUUGUUCACAAUAUUGGGUUACCAUUAUGACAAAGUCUGUAUGGGACUACUCUGUUCAAAUUGGCUAGGGGGAAGAAGAAUUUAGAAUGGUUAUUGUUGGCAUUGAGAAUCACAAGAAAUCGAUGUCCACAGGAAAUCCCGAAUAGCAUGGGGAACACAAUUAUUUGGUAGAAGCAGCGUUACACUGAA